AUGUAUUGGGAGAUCUUCCGAACUCCAGACUGGAGUGCUAUAAGUCGUUUCUCAGGCUCGACAUCACCACAUCCUGCGAUCACAGGAUUUUGGAAGAAAUCGAGUCCCAGGAUAAAUCCUUAUCAGCUUCGGUCAAAGGGAUCAGCAUUACCGGUGAACGGCGAUACCAUGGGUGGUUCGAAGCAGGGGAAGGGAUCCGAUCUUCCUGUCAUAUUUGAAAAUGUUACUGAAACGAACAUCCCAUUUACUUCUCACAAUACUGAAAAUAUGACGCUUCUCAGCCAGCCUUGCACUAACCCGAACAACCAUCAUGUGCAAGACCAAUAUCUUCAAUCCAAGAAGCCCGAGAAGAGGCUCACAUCUCAAGCGACCACAAAGGACGGCCGUUUGAACAUUCCCACCGAAUUGAACCAUCAGGCGCAACCCGUCCAGAAGUUAACAUCACCUUCUUCACUACAGGCUGGUCGAACAAUGAUGUUACCGCAGCGAUUGUCCUCGGCGAUGUCGACGAAGAAGUCAGAUGGCCACGCCGAUAUAUCAAAAUUUCCCCAUCCUCCUUCGUUUUCUUCUUCUGACCGGACUGCCUGCAGGGAGUUCCCUUCUGACUUUUCUCCCAAGACAACUGUCAUCUCCACACACACACCACUGCCAGGAGACCCGAAAGGCGACUGCCAAGGGGUCAAGGAAGACGAGCAGCGCGGAACCCCUUCAUCGAAUCCCUCUUGUCCAACAGUUCCUCCGAUGGAGUUGACUGAAAAGUCGACUGACACAUGCUUCGACCCCCAAACCAUCGUUCUCGAUUCUGAUGAGCGAUUGAACAACUUCCUAGAUGGUCUGACACGUCCGCAGAUGCCCGAGCGACGUUCCAGCAGCUUUUGGACGGUUCUAUUCCAGCCUUCCAGUCAACUUCACAAUCUCUCCCAACAGGCGGAGAUCCUCAUCCUCGACACUGUUCCUACUCCGUCAACGCUUUGUCGUCUCCGUGCAUCUGUCAUCACCGACCAAUCUUCCAUUUCUCCUCCCACGUCCUCUUCUACCACUCCCCGCCUUUUCCCCCGCGUCAAUACCAUUCACUUCUCUACCAAAGCCAUGGCCGACCUAUAUCUUCUUUUGGCGAGUGACGACAGCGUGGAACUCAUGGAAGAUUUCUCCCUCCUAGCGAACCCUGUUCAAAUUUGUCUAAAUGUUGGAUGGUAUCCGUCGUCCGAACAUCGGGUUCGAAAGGCUGUUAUCACUUUGCGCCAGCGUUGGUCCCGAUUGGAAAGUAUAAACUUCCAUCAAGUCUCUUCGGAUUUACCUUUCUUUCUCCCUGGUGUUCUUCAUCAAGCUCACUGGACGUCUGACGCUUGGCCAUUUGUAGGUGAAUCAGAGUAUGUCACCACAAAAUCGUAUUAUGCGGAGGAAGACGAAUUCAACGAAGACUUCUUGAUGAAAAGAGAAAUGUAUCCCUAUCGAUAUGUCGAGAAGACUAAUAAAAUGCACGAUUGGGUGGAAUGGAUGAGGGGCAGUGUGGACGGAGCGCGUCGGCUUGAGAUAGCUCGGGAAGAGGAGAAACUACGACGAGCCAGACUGGAUUUGAAGAGAUAUGAUAGGGAAACGUUAUGUGAGAGCGUUGCAAGGUGCGAAAGAGAUGUAGGUGAGGCAGAAUGGGCUGGGAAGACAAGAUGGGUGAUUACGUUCCCGAAGUUAGAGGAAGAGAGGGGAAUGCAAUUGUGUAAGGUUGAUAAGAAAGGGGUGAUGGAGAGGGUAGAGUUCAAGCAGAGGAAAGGGAGAGCGAAAUGUGAAGCGUGUGGAUGGAAAAGAUUGCUCUCAUGGGAUGGGAUUCUAAGCGUGAAAGUGGAUGAGUGA